AUGGGCUUGAUGAAAUUCCCCCGGCCAUAUGGCUACGUUCAGCAUGGGAGAGACUUACACGGCAUCAUGGACGACGUGAACAGGGCAAACCUGAUUAUCGGACCCGAAGAACAUCGGAAAAGUCCCAAAUCGCCCUCCAAUGCAAACGUCGACGGAACCAUUGCCGACUGUGACUUCCUCGGGUAUUACCACAAUGCCCAGGAGAAAAAGGAUAAUGUGCAACUUCGAUUUGUGUCAACCUGGACUUUUGACAAUAUUCUUGGAGGGGCCGACUCCACGGCUUCCAUGCUUCGGUCUGUGGUCACCCUGACGCACUGGAAACGGUACGGGCCGAGCUGCGAGAUAAGCAACGCACUGGGGGCCACCGGGCUCACUCUACCUUUCCCGCAAUGGCAUGAGCUGCAGAACCUCCCCUUCCUCGACGCCUGCAUUAAAGAGCCACUCCGGCUUGACGCUCCAUUUGCUAUGCCUCUUGAACGAGUGGUUCCGGCGGAGGAAGCCACAAUCUGUGGUCACUUUUACCCUGGAGGCACCGUGGUUGGCAUGAGUCCAUAUAUUACUAACCGCUAUAAGCCGACAUGGGGUGUUGAUGCGGAUCAGUGGCGUCCCAGUCGCUUGUUGGAAGGCGAACCGUCGCAUACCAAAAAGCUUGAAGCCAGUCUGCUUAGUCAAUCGCCCGGGCUUGGGCUUUCAGGUGGCUUGGCCCGCGCCCCCCAGCCCGACCAGUACCAGGGUGCUCCGACAUCGUUGUCGUGGCCGACAUACCCCCAGUGCCACCCAUCCGCCCUCCGGACACCAUCCGGAUUGAACCUCAGGUGUCUUCAUCUACCUCUAGCCACCUCCGACAUCGCCCCCGGCGCUUUAACGAGCUGCCACCCAUAA